AUGACCCGAAUUUACGAUGCAGACUCUAAAUGUUCCUCUUGUCAUGAGCCCGGUCAGUUUGGGUGGCUCUACCAGUGUACACAGGAUCACGAGAAGAUAAUCGAGGAGAAACUGCCAUGCAUGGAGUACUUGGAUUUCAACUUUCGCAAGAACAUGGUUGUUCGAAAAGGAAGCGCAGAAGCUCGACGCGACAAGCUUAGCUUUCUUCGAGAACUCACUCCCGACCAGAUGGCAUCCUACCGACCAGAUCAAAUUGCAACUAUCCUAAAACAGCGAGAGGAAUUGAAGGACGUUAUUGCAAAGGAGGAGCGGCAAAAAAGCACUUCGGCUCUGUUCAGCAACCUUCUCCCACCCCUAGGGUUCGAGUCUUCGUUCAGUGACAAGGGACAACGGACCCUAGAUGAAGAUACGCUUUGCCAAUACAAGAUCUGCCAAAGAUGCCGCCCUGUGUGCGUUGAUCGGGCAUUUUUGAGCCUCAAUGCAGUCGCCGAUGGCGAGAUUACUCCAACAGCUGCUGCCGGUUUUGGGUUUGAGUCUCUAGGCGGAAGGCCAGUCAUUGACAAAGAUGUUGUUAGACAUAUUGAUGAGCACCGCCCGAGAAUUGUUGACCGAUGCAUCCAGCCUCAGAUCGGCAAUCGUCGAAUGAUGGAACUGCUUGACGAGCAGAUCGCCCGUAUGCUCGCAAGUCACAAUCAAAAUCAACCUUUUCGGAACGGGCUUAGGAGUAAAAUAUCUGGGCCCAGAGGAGGACGGCAGUUGCCCACUGUUAAGAACGUUGCUGCAAAAAGGCAACGUAUGCGCGAAGAGGGGAAGGUCUUGGCCAAUGCCGCUCAGGGUGAUGCUGAGGCUAUCACCUCGACGCCUGACUUUCUGGGAAACCCUUGGCCAUGGCUGGCUACUUUCCAUGAGCCUGACGAGCAUGAAGAUCAUCAAAUCAACAACAGUCAGCACCCACGACAGAGAGGGCGUGCCACACGGAUUCCUCGCACGUCUAAUAUCCUUCCUCUGGACGGAUAUUCAUGGAGCCUUUUUGGCGGUGGUGAAAAUACAGUCUCAACCACCCCCUCGUCCCUCAGUGAUACUUCCAAUAUCAAGUCCUUGGGGGCCGAGAAUGAAGGCAAUGGCGAAGGACCAUCGCCUAUGUCACUCGGAACUGACCAUGGUGUUGCGAUGACAGAGGAGAGCAUUGAGGCUAGAGUUCCCGAUGUGAUGACUCAGGUGUAA